GUCAGUCGCAGCUCUACAGCUAGAGAUAGCGCCCACACACACACACAUAAAGCAAAAGCCUUUCUUCACAACUCUCUCAAUCUUCGAGCCUGAGGAGUGAAGAGACGAGGGUUCUUCUUCUUCUUUCAUCGCCUCUCUGCUUCAUCGGAGAAAGAAACUUUCUCCGGUGAUAAAAUCUCUCUGCAUUGUAACCGGAAGACUGCUCAAUCUCGGGAUCUCUUCGUCUCUUAUUUCCGGUAUAAAGAGAUUUGUUUUGGAGUGUUGAAGAUCUCGUAUGAAUGCUGGAUAUGGAAAGAGUUGGUGAGCUUAGUAAAGGUCCUGUCUCAAGAAGGCAAUACCUAGACUUUGAAAAUAGAGAUAACGGUAUGCAUCUGGAGUCUUUGAGGGAACGAGCUGCUCGAUACAACAACAAGGGAGGAGGAAGACCAGUGAACCCCACUACGACGUUAGGGAGAGAGCUAAGCCAAGUUCUCAAUGUGCAUCAUAGAGACGAGAUGAUGAUGAUUGGUGGUGAUAUGAAUGAUUUUCAGGAGUUUGAGCCUGUGGUGAGGCCAACAACGAUGGAUUCAAAGUACCCUUUGCUGGAGAUCGAAGAGGUAGGUGGUGGUGAUGAAGCUGGCUCUAGCUCCUUCCGCGGUGUUAGCCAUCCUCCAGAGCCUGACGACAUGGACCUCAUAACAACUGUUUAUGUCCCUACCGCCACUAAAGGACCUUUCCUCGAGGAUCUCUCCCUCUGCGUCCCUGAGCCUGCCACAUCUAUGGCUCGUGCCUCUCAGAACACAGACAACUCUCUCCCGCCGCAAGAUUCAGACAAGGAAUGCGUUUGGGACGCGAGCCCACACAACAGCAGCGUGGAAAGCAUAAACUUCGCAAGGGCCAUGAGUAUGGCCAACAGCACUUCCGCUGAUCAGCAGAGGAACGAUGUCGUGCUCAGCAUGGACAAGAACUACAUUGAUAACAGGAGCAUCAACAUGGUGUUCGAUUCGUUCGAGAGCAGAGCGAGCGACAGCAGCUGCUUGAGCGAAGAGAGCAGCUGGAGCAACUUCACGGGGAGUCUCAACAAGCCGCACAAAGGGAACGAUCCGAGGUGGAACGCUAUUUUAGCCGUCAGGACGCGGGACGGUGUGCUAGGGAUGAGCCAUUUCAAGCUGCUGAAGCGGUUGGGGUGUGGUGAUAUAGGGAGUGUGUAUCUGGCGGAGCUGAGUGGGACCAGGUGUCAUUUCGCUGUGAAGGUGAUGGAUAAAGCUUCUCUUGAGAAUAGGAAGAAGUUGAAUAGGGCGCAGACUGAGAGGGAGAUUCUGCAGCUGUUGGAUCAUCCGUUUUUGCCGACGUUGUAUACUCAUUUUGAGACGGAUAGGUUCUCUUGUUUGGUUAUGGAGUAUUGUCCUGGUGGUGAUUUGCAUACUUUGAGGCAGCGCCAGCCUGGGAAGCAUUUCUCUGAGUAUGCUGCUAGGUUCUACGCUGCAGAGGUGCUGCUAGCGCUCGAGUAUCUCCACAUGCUCGGCGUUGUCUACAGAGACUUGAAACCCGAGAACGUCCUCGUCCGAGACGACGGUCACAUAAUGCUCUCAGACUUCGACCUCUCCCUGAGAUGCGCGGUUUCUCCAACCCUGAUCAAAACCUUCGACUCCGACCCCUCAAAACGCGGCGCCUUCUGCGUCCAACCCGCUUGCAUAGAGCCCACAUCCUCUUGCAUCAUCCAACCCUCGUGCUUCCUACCGCGUCGCAUCUUCCCUACCAAAAAGAACAAGACUCGUAAAACUCAAACAGAUUUCUUCAAAUCACAUCACUCGGGAGGAGGUUCUCUCCCCGAGCUGGUGGCCGAGCCCAACACGAGGUCCAUGUCCUUCGUUGGCACGCACGAGUACUUAGCUCCGGAGAUCAUCAAGGGAGAAGGGCACGGAAGCGCGGUGGAUUGGUGGACGUUUGGUAUCUUUGUUCACGAGCUUUUGUACGGUAAGACGCCGUUUAAAGGAUCAGGGAACAGAGCUACUCUGUUUAAUGUGGUGGGAGAGCAGUUGAAGUUCCCUGAGUCGCCGGCCACUAGCUACGCGGGGAGGGACUUGGUUCAGGCGUUGCUGGUGAAAGAUCCGAAGAGUAGGUUGGGGACGAAGAGAGGAGCAACGGAGAUAAAGCAGCAUCCGUUUUUCGAAGGAGUGAACUGGGCGUUGAUAAGGUGUAGUACUCCUCCUGAAGUGCCGAGGCAGAUGGAGGUAGAGCCGCCGCCGAAGUAUGGACCGAUUGAUCCUGUUGGGUUUGGUAGUAACAGCAAGAGGAUGAUGGGACCACCACCUGUAUCAGCGGCGGCAGCAGGAGGAGGAGGAGGAGAUGCAAAAGCUGGUGGGAAGUUUCUAGACUUUGAGUUUUUCUGAAGGCUUUGUUUUUUUCCCUCAGAAGAGUUUGUGUUUGGUUGCUUAAUUAGUAGUUAUAGUCUUCUUAUGUCAAGGGGGUUUAAUAGAUCAGAGUGGAGGGGGUUAGCAGGUUAAAUCUUUCUUCUAUUUGAACCAAAACUUUUGUAAGGACAUGGAAAGCUCCAAGUCUUAAGAAAAUCUCCUUUGGUACUACUA